UAUGCGUCGUGGGGUAAUUUUAAUGUCCUUGGCCGCCAUCGCCCUGGCCCAAGAUGGAUUCUUUGACAAGUACAGUUUUACGAAGACAAUGGCGAGUUGCUUCGGAGAGGACUUGUAUUACGACUAUUUAGUUAAAACUGGCAUCGCCCAGCGGGAGUGUCUGCAGCUGCCGGUAUCCAGCCUACACAGGCUCGACUUCUCUCGGUAUCCACAAUUUAGUUAUCCCUUGCACCUCGGAGGGGACUCGAAUUAUGUGCCUUUCCCAUCCUACUACCCCGGGCAUUCUGGCCAUUACGGAGUGUCACAUCGCUACCAACCCUACCACUACAGGAAGAAACGCGAAACAGAUCAAAGGGGCGUGGUCGAAGAACCGCCCCUAAACUUGGAGGUAGUGGAAGCGGAACCCCAGAAACAGGUUCAACCCCAGGACAAGGCGCUGCAACCCCUGAAACCUUACUUCGAUAAAUAUUACCUGCUGGACUCCGUCAACAAGAUCAUGGCUGCCCUUAGCAACUACACCUGUACACUCCACAAACUCGGCGUCAUCGACAAAUAUCUCAACUUGAGGACCACCCACCUCAUCGACGAUUAUGGGAAACUCCCUCUUAGUGACUCACUGAAAAAGGAUCUGGCUGAAGGACUCUUCUACUGCAGGGACCUGACGUACUGUCUACCACUCGACAAACCAAGGUCUCCCCUCCCCCUGAACCUCCAACGUCUCUUGAUGGCCAUGAAAUGCGAGAAGGAGACGAGGACCAACGCCUGCUUCAAGGAGGACCUCAGGAGGAACAUCGAAGGGUUUGAUCUCUCGCUGUUCCCUCGGGACGAGACUCUCGACAGCAAGGUGAACAAACUUGCCGCCAUUGUCGUGGGAGUCGAUUCGCUGAACGAGUUGGACGUGAUGUAACAGAGGGCGCUGGUGGAAUGUGUAUUUCUUGUGUGCGAGACUGUACAAUAAUUUCGAUAACAUUAAAACGUUUGUGCAUUAAUAUGAA